GGCUGGCAGAAGAUGACGGAGGAACCGGAGGAGCGGGCAGCGCAGCAGCGGAGCGGCUAGGCUGAGCCAGGCUAAGCUAAAGCUAAGGCUAAGCUGUUUAACACCGACGGAUCCCGGAGUCUCGGCGACCCGCGGCGCUCGCAUUCACCACAAGCGCCGCCCGCUGACUAUGUCCAGUAGAGACAGUGACGGAUGGUGAAGAUAGAGAAUGCGGAGAUCUCGACUUUUCUUUACACACACUGAAAGCUGCACAUUUAUGGCGUUUGUGAGUGGAGACUUCUGCCAGGCACAGCACCUGGUCAUCGUGGACAAGUGAGAAGCAGGCGGCGUGCUACAUGAAGAUUACGCUACACCACUACCGUCUUACAUCCUGAGCUUUGGGAAAGAGGCUGCUUUCGCCCAAAGUUCACCUGUAUGAGUCCGUCUGAGCCGGAUCAGGCGCUGACGAGCCAUUUCCUCCUUCCCCUUUUAGUUGAGCGCCAACUGACCAUCACUCCUCUCCUGAAUGGGUUAAUUAGAAACCGAAAUUCUGAAGGAUUAGUCCCCUUCUUUUGUUUUUAGUUUUUUAAUAGAGGAGUCGUGAGUGAUUUCCUUUUUCUUUUCUAUUUUUUACAUCAAAAUUUGCCCAAAUUCCAAACUCCACCCUUAUUUUGAUCGAUAUAUAUCUCUAUAUAUAUAUUCUCACCUCGGGAGAUUUCGUUUCUUUGCUCAGAGAAUAUUAAGCCUCCAUUCGUGUGUCGAGAUGAAUCGUCCUGCACCUGUCGAGAUCUCCUAUGAGUGUAUGAGGUUCCUCAUCACCCACAACCCCACCAACUCACAGCUGUCCAAGUUUACUGAGGAACUGAAAGCGUUCGGAGUGCAGACUCUGGUUAGGGUCUGUGAAGCUACCUACGACAAGGCUCCCGUGGAAAAGGAAGGAAUAGAAGUGUUGGAUUGGCCGUUUGACGAUGGUUGUUCUCCCCCUGAACAAGUUGUGGACGACUGGUUGAAUCUGCUGAAAUGUAAAUUUAAGGAUGAGCCGGGCUCCUGCAUUGCUGUGCACUGUGUUGCAGGACUGGGCCGAGCUCCUGUCUUGGUGGCCAUAGCCUUAAUCGAGUGUGGGAUGAUGUAUGAAGAUGCUGUUCAGUUCAUUCGACAAAAGAGACGUGGAGCCUUCAACUCCAAACAACUGAUGUACCUGGAGAAAUACAAACCCAAGAUGCGGCUGCGCUUCAAGGAUGCCAACGGUCAGAACUGCUGCGUCCAGUAGGAAAUUCAUCCAGAGGGUCGACCAAAAUAAUAAUGAUAAAAAAACAGUGAUAAAUUACUGAAAAACGCAAAUUUUCUUCCUGCUAAUUGAUUAUUUGCUAAUUUGAUAUAUAUUAUUACUGUGCCAAGCACACACACACACACACACACUCUCUCACUGUCUCUAUUACACACAAACACACACACAUACACAAAGGAUGACCCAUAUGUAUCCAUGUUACCAGCAUUUGGAUGUUCCUUUUUAUGAUAAUAUUAUUAUUAUUACUAUUACUAUAAUAAUUAUUAUUAUUAUUGUUAAUAUUAAUUGAAUUGUUACUGAUGUAUAGCCAUAUUAUGAAUCAUGUGGUGAGCGCACAGAACAAUAAUCUCUACAGCACAAAGCAGUUCUGCAGUUUUCUCAGCACAUCAGUAAAGAAGAGUGAUUAAAUUCGCUCAGUUUUAACCAAAAUACUCCAAUUCAGCUCCAAAAUCUAAUUCUGCAGACGCGCAAAUACAAAGACAAAAACAAAAAGUUUUACGUGAAGUUUUACGCAGACGCCCUGCUGUCAGUGUCGUUUACAGUGACUUGAUUUAAUUCUGGGGAAAAAUGAGCCAAUUAUCACUUAAAAGACACAAAAUCAAAAAUAAUCAGUAUAAAGAUGGAUAAUAUGAAGUUGGCAGUUUUGCAGUGGAGUCGAGGGCUGUGAUUGGACGCUGUUACCCCAUACAGCCUGUCUGUCACCCAGGUUUACAUGAGCACAGAUCCCAUCCAGCAGCAGCAUCAGCAGCAUCUCCGUAGUGGUACGUACUUCCUGUUCUAGAGGUGGAACAUUCCAGAUCAUCCUUCCAGAGCGGUGUUCUGCAUUUGUCGAGCAGUAAAAAGUAAUUCAGUUCUGUAACCCAUUUGAAGACACUUUUGCCGAUGACUGAUAAGUGAUCGAGUUGAAAUAAAGAUGUACAUCAUUAA